AUGAAGGACAAGGAUCUUGCUACAUUGUUUGAAAACUGCUUUCCAAGCACAUUGGAUACGACGGUUUUGCGGGCGUCUGAGCAGGACACUUUCAUCAUUACUGGUGAUAUUAACGCCAUGUGGCUGCGGGACUCCAUGUUUCAAGUGCUCCCAUAUAUGCGUUUCGCAAAGCGGGACGAGAAGCUAAUGGAGAUGCUUCAUGGGUUGGUACGACGUCAUUUGGAAUCUGUAUUAAUUGACCCCUACGCCAACGGAUUUAAUGAGUUUGCUAACGACAACCACUACAUGGUUGAUAACAGGAUUCCACCGAUGCCACCCACCGUGUGGGAAGGCAAGUACGAAUUGGAUUCCCUCUGUGCUGUCAUUAAAUUGAACUAUGAGGUUGUCACAGCAGACUCAGGCAACGUUACGUUCCUCCAACCGGUUGUUCGACAAUGGAUAAAGGCCAUGGAGAUAAUUCUCGACACAAUGAGUGACCAGCAGAAGUCCACUGAAAUGCAGGAUAACAUUUAUCCAUACAUGUUCUUCCGCAGAUAUCCUCAUGGUGUCUUUGAGUACUAUCCUCGCAAAAACGCUACAGGGUACACUGGUAUGAUUCGCUCAGCCUUCCGCCCAUCUGACGAUAUGACGUCCAUGGAUUUCCUCGUGCCAUCCAACAUCAUGGCGUCAGUGGCUUUGCAGCAACUCAUGGAACUCUGCGGUACGAUGGCAGACACCUUUCCCGAAUACAGUAGACGUAAUGGUGAUAUAAAAUGCAACGCUGGGAGUUUACACCGCCUUUUUUUGUUGUUGUUGUUGUUCUUCGUUUCUUUAUGGAUAUUACUCCAAUGGUACGGCUAUCAGCCGUACACCGUAGAGUACCUUAAUUACUGA